GUGUGCGCGCGUGCGUGUGUGUGUAAUAGGAAUGUCGUUAACCCAUGGAAUGACUUCCGGAAUUCUCAGCAUACCAUCAGAGUCCAACAAUGACGUCAAUUCGGCAUUCAACCUUCCCAUUAACGAAGACAAAAAAACGUUAUCCCAUUAGUCAACCGACACAUAAAGAGACAGAAUACUACAACAUACGACAUGAUCAUAUGGCUUGAUCUACUAGUGUGAGCUUGUUGUUUGCUGUCACAACUAGACAACUACAAUACUAUUGCAGAAUCUUGAGUUAACUCGGUUAUCUGAUACUCCGACUUCACACGAUCAACUCGUCUAUAUUUAGGUCCACAAUACAUCAUGUGAUUCUCGUGAAUCACAUUGCUACGCUAACUUAGUUGUCCAGUGGCUGUAUACGUAUGCAUAUAUGUUAUAUGUAUAUAUGUAUGUAUGUUAUAUGUUAUAUGUAUGUAUGUAUGUGUAUAUGUAUGUAUCCAGCUAGACGUGGGUGCCACUUGAUUCCUUAAUGGAACGAAGGAGUUCGAGGUGAUAGAGCAAACGUGGUCGCCGGUUCCAAGAGCCAGCCGCUCAUCAUCUUCCUGUGUGAUUCUAUACAACAGGAUCCAUACAGGAUAUGCACAGUUUUAAAGGAAUUUGUCACUGGAAGGAAGCAGCACUCGUGGUGAUAUACGGAUUUAUCUAAUUGAGUGAGUUGUGACUUACGAGGCUUCAGAGUCUUGAUAAGUGUGCAGGAACAGCCAUCGUCUUCAUUCGUUAUUGAGCUUGCAAAGUGGCUGUGUCACUAACCAUGGAACAUUCGGUGAUGUGUGGGAGCACGAAUUUCUCGGCCGUCGUGGAAGGUCGAGGCUUGUGGAUCGGUUGGGUGUACUACGACGCGUACAGACAGUCGUACUCUCAGUGGUUUCUCUGGACGUACGCGAUCCUCUCGAUCAUCGGAAACGUUGCUGUGAUCGUAUGGCGAGUUAACAUGUUACGUCAAGGACGAAACCGGUUGCUUUCUGUGUUCUUUAUGAGCCUUGCGACUGCAGACUGUCUCUGGGGUGUGCACUUGUUGAUCUUCCAGAUCGUGAUGAGUUUAUGUGUGGACACUGACAGCAUGUUCUACGUUGAUAUCUGCGGGUUGAGUGGAUUGAUAUUCGCGGUGGCCGCUCCGGCUGCUCGUUUCAACAUCAUUUUCAUCGCGUUUCAUCUCGGGCUUAACUUCGUGUGUGCGGGAAGACGAUACUGGAGAGAACGAGUCGCCGUUUAUGUGACAUCGACGCUUCUAGCGAUGUCAUGGAUUUUAUCACUGAUCUGUGGAUUUGUCUUUUAUUUUAAAUACUACAAAGGGCGUUUGCAUAUUCAAGAGCUCGGUGGUUACUAUGCCGACUGGACUCAGUGCUCGCCGACGUCGUGGGGUAUGGAGAACAACGAGAAGGACGAAGCGAGCAACAUCUUCAUCACCGGAUUCACGUUCAGCGUCAUCUUCCUCGUCUCGACGUCGUCACUGUACCUGGCGAUCAUCUGCCGUGGAUGCUGCCUGAGAGGGAAACAAUCCGGAGUGAUCGUCCAUGGUAUGAGUCGAUGGGCGGUCGUCCUACUCGUCGCCAUCGCCGUCAACAUCCUCAGUUCCAUUCCCAUCCUGUUUCGUGGAAUUCUCGUUUUCACCGGCAAUUUCUUCGACUACCACAGAGACGCAGACAUCGUAUUCAAUCUGACGGUCGCCGCGAUCGCAUUACAGUUUCAAAUUGUUGUCAAUCCUGUUCUAUACUCGAUGGCCGCAAUAAUCCAUCGUCUGUCUCAAUGUCGGAGUGAGAGGAGACUCGUGAAGAUGGGAAGCGUCGGUGUAGACGAGUGGAUGACGACGACGUCUCGUGCUUGGGGAGACACGAACGUUUUGAAUCCCGAAGAGAAUGUGCUCGUCAACUCAUGGGAUUGUCACGUCUAUUACAAAAGUACGGAGAGCAAGACGUAGUUGUAACCUCGAUCCUUAGACGGACAGCCAUCUCUAGGGGGUAAACAGCUACAGGUGUGUUUGUCUGUAUUGUAUGAUAAGGCGUGUGUGUUAUGAUGCCUUUUCAUUUCGAUAUCUGACGUUGUGUCUGCGUCAGCUGUGCAGUACUGAGUAGUAAUACAAUGUAUUUUGUGA